UCAGUCGAGUGCAAAUCGCCAAAUGCUUCGGUUGAACUCUACUCGGCGGCUGCAGUGACAGUCAAAUGUAUCGAAAACGAACCGCCUCGUUGGGGUUGUGCACACAAUAAGUAACAACAAUAAUAUAUAAUUUAAAAAUGAGAAAAGAAUAAGUGUAGCAGUGACCGAUUAUCGCCUGAAAAAUACAAAGCAACGCCUAAAAUUAUACAAUAAAAUUUUCUGUAGCCAUAAAAACGAAAUGGCUUAACUAAAUAUAAUAGCAUAAAACAGAAUUUAUUCUUAAAAAAAACAGCAAAACAGGCAUCUGAACGGAAUGUGUCCAAGCCCAAAUUGGUGUAUAAAACAACAGUGAAGGAUCUUAAUAAAGCAGACCAAUUUGUAUAUGUUCUACGUAAUAUUCUACAAUAAAUUGCCAAGUGCACAUCUCGAAUGUGAAAGGAUAAUGUGGAAGCAUGUCUUCUCACUCCGUUGUCUCACUCUCAUCUUUUAAUAUAUUAUUUUUUACACAGGUUCUCACGGUUUUGACGUCAUCUAUUAAAUAUCAAGAAUACGUGACGGAUAAGGGCAAAAAUAUCUCCAUACCCUGCACAGCGGAGGGCAACGUUAUGUGGGUGAAGGAAAACGGCAACAACAGCACUAUAAUACAGACAGGAAAAUUUCUGAUGUUCACCAAUAUAUCAGCCGACGAAGGCGGUUUGUACGUGUGCUUCGCUGCGAUUCCAUCUCGUCAAUUUUCUGCCCCCAAAACUGACUCCAUUGCACAGACAACAAUAAAUACAACAACAAGCGGGCAGAGAAAAUCAAUAUCAACAUCUUCAGCAUCUUUGCCUACAACGAGCACAGCAACAUCAUCAUCAACAUCAUCAGUAUCAACGUCAUUGACAGAAGAUACAAAAAUAGCAACAAUUAUAAUUGUAAAUGCAACAAAAACAACAAAAGCUUCAACUACCUCAUCGCUUUCAAUGCCAAUGCCUACAAUAGCCGUCGCUAUAGACAGAGCCACAGCCACAAAUGCAAACAGAAAAACGAACACAACCAACACAUCGAUAGUAGAACAUGAAGAAGCUUCAAUUGCUGACAAAGCCAACGGCACUACUAUUAUUAGCAGCACCUUUGAUAACGGUGACCAAACAAUCAGAGCAGUGCCUGUAGAGUUCAUUGAAAGCCUAACACCGGAAAGAAGACGAAACACGACCGAUAAGAUAUUGACUGUUGUCCAACAACAUCACGAAGAAGAUGGAGAUGGUGAGGAAGAAGAAGUUACAGAUUCUGAGGAAUAUCGUGCAGUUGAAAAGGUUAAUUUAACUGUACGCACACCACCAGGGCCUGUUACGCAACUCUAUUUCAAAGCAUCGACCAUACUGGGCUUUCUUAUCUGGCGCUUCAACAAAACAUUUUCCGGUGGUUACCCAGUGCGCAGCUUCACUGCCGAAUUCCGCAAUAUAUCGUACAGUGAAAUGCCCUACAACAAAUCGUUCGAGCACGAAUGGAGUCGCAUGGAUCCAAUUAAUAUUGCGCCCAAUGUUAGACAAAUGGAGGUGUAUCGACUGGAGCCCAACACCACGUACGAGUUUCGGAUAUGGGCCAACAACCAAUUGGGAAGCGGCGAGGUGGUUACCACCAAUGUGACAACGCUUCCUGAGACCAAGGAGGAAGAUUUAAUACGCCUUAUACAACCCGACUUAGAUAAUUUCGAUCCGCGCAUUUGGAUAAUCGCCGUCAGUGUUGUACUUGGAACUCUUGUGAUAUUAGCAAUUGGACUAUGUAUAGUUUUAUCGAAAGAAUGUUAUCAAUCAUCGCAAUCGGAUUUCGAAGAAGGUUGGGAGAGCAUAGAGCUAAUACCGAACAUAAUACUGAAUCCAGGUUUCUGCGAAUCGGAUGGACCGGAAUCAGUUCAGCCCUAUACACGCACUAUUAUCUUUGGUGAGGACGACGAGAGCGACGGCUACGAGAGCGAAGAGUCCGAUCAUGAGCCGCCGAUGGAGAAAUUCAAACGAAAGGUCUCGGUGUUCUUUACAGGGCCCACAAUAAGACGCAUUUGAGUCAAAUCGGAUAAGUGGUGUGGGAGUGGGGGUAGGGGUUUUCAAUAUUGUAUUAGUACAGUGUUUAUUUAUAGUAAUAUUGUAAUUUGUUAUAUAUUAUAUAGAUUUACAUGCCUUUCAGCUAUGUACAAUUAUGUACAUGUGUAAGUGUGAGUUAUUUUUCAUU